CAGGCUGUAAAUGAUAUCUGAUUUCUCGUGCCAUGAACCCAAGUUUUAAAAAUGUGAGUUAAAUUUCUAAAGGAGAAGAACUCAGCUUUUCACAGAAUGAAGUCAGCCGUAUUUGGUUGGAUUAUGUUCUGUUGUGUCUUACCCCAAGGCUCAGAAUGCAUGAACAUUCACAGAAGACAACCUUCGAAGAUAAAAAAAGAAUUGAAAAGUAAGAAAAUUAUUUACAAAACGGAAUUCCAAGAGAAAGGAAGUGCAACAGCCAGGCCAAAAAUCGAAAACAAUGACACGGAAAUAAUAUUAAUCGGGAGAGUGGCACACAGUAAAUCUUUGAAACAGAAAAGUUCAAAGAAUUUUUCCAUAGAAUUAGACGGGGCUGCAAAGACCAUAUCUCUACCAGCAACGAGAAAGGAUGUUUUAGUGAAAAAUCCCCAAAAUGUCCACUUCGCUAAGAGAGUCGUAUUGGGUAGUCAGUUCCGAAACCUUUUAAAAAAGUUGUACCAAAAUCAUUCGAAAGAUGUGCAGGCUAUCAAACGAAAACUAACUAGUGAACAACUACAGCUGUUAGAGUCAAAGGAGGAAGGCGAGGACGAUAAAGCCAACAUAUACAAUAUCGAGGGUAAAUCAGAAGCUUCCAAAAACAAAACAGUCGUCGAACUUCGGGCUGCAAUACUACGGUUAUUGAACAAAGUUGCAAAAAAGGCUAGAGCAGCACACGACGCUGAACAAAGAUAUGAAAAAGACGAAUCAUCAGGACACCAUUUCAAAAAGAAAAAGUUUGGCCAGACUUUAAAGGCGGAGAUAGAAGAGAGUUAUGAUCACAGCAGAAGCCCAUCUGCCAUAGCUAAAGGAGAAGAUCUCUCUGCAAAGCGCGCAAAUUAUUUGGAUCUUCUGAACUUCAUCGCACGAAUGAAAAGUACGGACAUCGGAAAAGAUGUCGAUUUAUACGACACUGAUAAAAUGCGGAGUUCGGAUAAAAUGGAAAACGAUGGAAUGAAUAACAUGUUGAACUCAAGAGAUUCAAUGACACAAAUGCCUUACACAGGCAAUAUGCAGCAAGAAAAAGAAGAAAUGGGAGUCUUGCCAGGAGAGGGAAUGCAAAUGCAGGAAUUCAAUCUUGCACAACAAAGGAAGCUUCUUGAAGACCAGUUGGAAAAUCGCAUCGCUCAACUUCAGUUGAAAGCGCGAUUACCUGUACCCCAACAAGAAUUUCCACAAAUGCAAAAUUUUCAAAACGAUGACAUGGCAAACUUUAUGCAACGUCUUCAGAAUGCGAUCGCAACUCCUUCCCUUGGACCCAUGCCCCUUUCAUUUCGAGAACCAGCCAUGUUUCAAAAGCCGUCAUUUUUCCCUCGUGUUAAUCCGUAUUUACCUUUUGCUAGACCUUUUCCAGCCACCGGAACGGGGUUACCUUUCUAUCGACCAAUGAAUCCAAGACCUCCAUAUCCAAUGGAUGAUGAGGAAGAAGAUCAUAAUGAAGAUGAAGAUGAUAAUUCUGACUAUGACAAUGAUGAUCAAGAUGAGCCUCUACCUCAUCAUUCGGACCGUGAGCACGAAGAGAAUGAUAAUGAUGACGAUGAUGAAGGGGAACAAAGAUACUCUGACAAUGACGAAAGAUAACACUUUCGCCUUUGUCAGCAUCUACUAACGUUCUGUAUAUAGGUAAUGUUCUCAUCUCUGUAUUUUAAUCCAGGGGACUCUGUACUGUGAGGGUGAAAACGUUUUAAGUUAGUCCGGUUACAGCAAAGCUUAUAAAACCCCAGCAUAAGUGGAAGUCGUAAGGUCUGCUCUAAGUAUGACAAACCUUAAUGUUUCAAAGAGUUUGCAAUGUUUCAACGAGUUCCAGUUAAAGUGGUUAGAUUUCGGAUAAUGUUUAUGUCAGAGAUAAUCAAAAUGGCAAAAACAACAAUGGCUUAGUUUUAUCGUUUGUCUCACGAUUUAGUCACUUCCGUCGUUGAUCGCUAAUUUAGACGCCUGUGACUACUCCUAAAGCUAAUAAGUCGACUGGUUACGCGUCAUCUUACAAAAAACUGGGAUUGGCUGACUUCAAAAAUUUAAUCCUUAGAGUGACUAACAUCAAAUAUCAGCCCUGAAUUAAAAGGUAUGUUCAUGAAGUCAAAGACAACGAAUGAGGAGCUCUUGAUUUUUAAACAAAUUCUUCUUGUCGUUAUCAUGGUAGGAAUUAUAUAAUGAGCAGCAAAGGGUUUAACAAUUGUAAUUGGCGCAUUUC